AUGGAGACGCUCAAGAAGAAGCGAGGAGUCGUCCGAUCCGUGAUCACAAGGCUCAUCAACGAGAUGAGAACAACCAUGAACCAGCUUCCCGCGCAGCAAGGUGAGCUUGAAGAUAAGAUCACUCGUCUUACGUUAAAUGAAAAAUCACUUCGGGAGCUCGACAUGUUGAUAGCGGACCCUGUUGAUGAGAACAACAUAGAAGAGGAAAUGCAUAGUAUACUCGCUUAUGAAGACUCCAUAAGCAUUGCCAGGUCAAGAGCUUUGAGGGAAUUUCAAAAACUACAGCCAAAGAACAACGAAACGACCACUUCGGCUUCUAACAACGCGUCACAUUCAGAGAGACACCGGGUAAACAGUGCGACUGUCCCGAACGUGAAAUUACAGAAGUUGGAGGUGCCGAAAUUCAACGAAGAGCUGGCGGAGUGGCAGACAUUUUGGGACCAAUUUCAAUCGUCUAUCGACCAGAACCCCGUCUUGUCUCCAGGUAAUAAGCUGAAAUACCUCAAGGUGCACCUGGUCGGCAAAGCUGAGACACUGAUCAAAGGAAUGGCGGUAAUCGGUGAUAACUACGACACUGCCAUAGAGCUCCUCAAAAAGAGAUUUGGUCAACCUCCUCUUAUCGUGAACGACCACCUCAUACACCUUUUGAACAUAAAGUAA